AUCUGCAUCCUGGCAAUGUUCAUUAUAGUUUACAUGCCAUUGCAAAGCGACAUCAAAAAUCCAGGGAAGCUAAGCAACGAUCAGAACAUGCUGCAAAGCGAUGCAAAUGAUGAUGAUAACUACGAAUCAAUUGUGAAUACCGUUCAUGGUGUUAUCAAUGAAGACGAACGUGAAGUGACGAAGAAUUCGAAUGCAACACCACAGUUAUAUUUUGUGAAUAAUGCAAAGUGUAAAAUACCCUACAUAAAUCCUUUUGAGCCGGACGUUAUGAAGAACUUUCGACCGGACACGUUUGAAACGUGUACAAAUCAAUCUGAUUUGGUUCGACCGAUUUUCGAUAUGAACCGGAAGCAGUAUGUGUUGCAAAUUGAUGAGAAUGUUGCCUCGCAAAUACUCAACUCUCACGAUAUCGAAUAUAAUUGCUAUUAUCAGGAAAUAACACGGGACGCCGAUCAUGACAGCUAUAAUGAUCUAUUGCCGCAGAUCUACUUUAGCCAAGGAUAUGUGGUGCCAUUGCAUGUGCAGGCCCUGAUCUUGGCCUGUCAUGAGGCAGCCAACACAACCAACAUUCUGCAGCGAGAUGCCUACGCUUUGAUUCAAUACAAACCGCAAGAGCAGAAUCUGGAGCCCAAGAAGACAACGCCACGAAAACCGAGUGUUCUUAUGUUUGGCAUCGACAGUCUGUCGAGGAUUAAUCUCAGACGCGCCAUGCCCAAAGUCUACAAGUUUCUCACACGUCGCGGCUGGUACGAAAUGCAGGGCUAUAAUAAGGUGGCGGAUAAUACUUUUCCCAAUCUAAUGGCUAUACUCAGUGGCUAUUCGCCCGAAUCGGCCAAGGAGAAGGUUUGCGAUACGGACAAUCGUGGCUGCUUCGAUCGCGUGCCAUUCAUUUGGAAGUACUUCAAGAGUGCUGGUUAUACGACAGCUUUUGCCGAGGAUGAGUGCGACAUACAGACGUUCAACUAUCAGAAGCCGGGCUUUGUAGAAACACCCACCGAUUAUUAUCAUCGAUCGUUUUUGAAGGGGUUUAUGGGUGAGAUGAAUACCUGGAAAUGCGCCAACUGCACGUUGACGUAUUGCAUCGGACGUCGUAUACAGAGCAGUUAUGUGUAUGAUUUUGGCAGGGAUUUCGCCAAGCGCUACAUCGAUGAGCGACCCAUUUGGGGUUUGUUCUGGUCGAGUAGCUUUAGUCACGAUGAUUACGCAAUGCCCGCGAAAAUGGAGAAUUAUGUUUUGCAAUAUCUGCUGGACUUUCAGCAAGACGGCGUCUUUGAGCAGAGCAUUGUGAUAUUCCUAUCCGAUCAUGGCUCACGAUACGGAUAUUUGGCAGACUGCAGCAGCGGAUUUCUCGAGGAACGCUUGCCCACAAUGUUCAUAUACUUGCCGCCCUGGUUUCGAGCCCAGUAUCCCGAAUAUGCCGAGGCACUGGAGAUGAAUCGAAAUCGUCUCACAUCCAAUUUUGAUCUGCACAACACACUGAAACACAUUGCUGAGCUGGGACAGCCGCCAAAUUCGCCACCAUUGCCACGGGCCAAUGAUUGUCCCAAGUGCCAGUCGCUCUUCCAGCCGGUGAGCAGAGAUCGCGAAUGUAAAGAGGCUGCUAUUCCGGAGCACUAUUGCACCUGUGAGCCAUAUAAGAGGAUCGAGUUCGCUUGGAGCGAUCGCAUUGCACUUGGUGUUAUCGAUCGUAUAAACCAUUAUUUGUAUGCCAAAAAUUUUAGCAGUAUUUGCGCAAAUCUCACUUUGAACUACAUCCAUAAGACGGAAAUUAAACUGGGUCUCGACAUAAGUUUCCAUGAGGAAAUUCCCAAACUUGAUGUAGGUUAUUAUCGUGUUAAGUUUAAGGUAGAACAGAAUAGCGCCGAUUUCAUGGCCACCGUUUUAUACAAUAAUGUCACCAAUCAUGUGGAUGUCGAUGUGGAGAAAAUCAGCAGAACCAAUUCCUAUGAGGAGAGCGCCACAUGCAUUUCACACAAGCUCGCCAAAUUGUAUUGCAUUUGCAAGUCGCUGCUGAAGUCGUGAAACUCAUUGAAGAAAUUACUUCCUUUGCAUAGAUACUUUAUCUCGACAGCAAUACUCGUUCAACUUUUUUUUUUACAAUCUUUGUUGGUCUUACGCCUAUGCAAACAAAAAAUAAGAGUGGCAAAUACAUUUAUGAUUGCUGAAAAUUUGUUUGCCAUCAGAUAAAAAACUUGGAAGUUAUUCAAAAAGUAAUUUCUUAUGGUUUGAGUGACAUUGUAGUAUAUGUUUAUUGGAGUGUUAUAUAUUUAUACUAAAUAUAACUUUUGGUAUAUUUUAGUAUGUAUCCAGUAUAUUUUUAUCAUGCCAAAUUUAGAUAGCGGGUAUCUCUCAGUCAAACACACUUUUAUCUUUUUCUCAUUCAAUUGUGUGCAUCAAAUUUUGAGGAAAUUACUUCCGUUGGUCGACAUACUCGAGUGUCGUACUGCUGAUUAUGUUUUGAAAGGAAAUGUAUAUUCGGU